UAGCCUCCGGCGCGGCGUGUCAGCGGCUCAGAGGCUCCCGAGUCCACAGCUGAGUCAGACCUCCCUCCGCAGACAUGGUGACCUCCGCUCUGCUGGCGCUCCUGGUGGCCGCCGCCUCAACUAUAGCCUUCACGCCGCCAGUUCGGGACUUCAUGAUGGACGAGGAGAUGGCCGCCGAGCUGGAGUACCAGGAGAGACUGCGCCGCGGCGCGCCCGAAGUGGCCCAGCCCGCGGCGUCCGGCCCGCAGCCCCAGGCGGCGUCGGCGUCCUUCGCCUCCAGCGGGUCGUUCAGCGGCGCCGGCGCCGGCGCCGGCUCGCCAGCAGGUUCCCAGAAUGGAGGUGGUUUCGGAAUGAGUUCGGAUGGCGGCAGCGGGAACGUCGGAUCGUACCCAGGCUACUACGGGGUGCCUGCGUCGUACCAGUUCCCCAGCUUCAACCAGCAGAGGCCGCAGUACAUGCCCUACGACUUCUACGCGCUGUUCCAGCAGUUCUUCCGCCAGCUGCAGCUGAUGGCCCAGCAACAAGCCUACGCUGCCAACUACUACACGCCCAGCAUAGAGUCCAACACGGUGGACUUCGACGCAGCGCACGGCUCUGACGUGAGCGGCGGCGGCGGCUACGGGCAGCCCGCCUUCUUCGGCUUCCCGUACGGCGGCGGCGCCGGCUCCGCCCCCAGCCGCUUCGGCGCCGGGGGCGGCGGCUCGGGGUACGGCGGCUUCAGCGGCGGCGCAGGGGGCGUCUCCUCGUCAGCCUCGCAGCCGGGCAGCGACGUGGCGGGCGCCGCGGCUGUCGCCAGUCUGUCUCCGCAAGGAGGGUACGGCUACGCUGACGUGUUCCCGGACCUGUCCAGUCGCUUCGGCGCGGUGGGUGGCGAGUUCCCCAAGCCCAGUGGCGGCUCGUACGGCGUCUUCACGUCCUCCUCCAGCGGCUCCAGCGACAUCGACGGCAAGAAGACCAACUUCAAGUCAGCCACCACGGGCAUCAACGACAACGGCAAAGUCACCGUCUACACCAAGCACGACCCUUGAGCCACUGUCUCUAUCUACGGCCACGAUCACACAAUCCUAUUUAAUUCUAACAUCUUCCAACUGACCACGGUCAUAUAGACGGGUCUGGCAUCUUACCUUCAUUCUUCCCCCGCGAACUAACGGCGCUGUAAAAUGGAAAUUCCGUAUAAAAUUUGGCAUAUUUUUUAAAACUCGGUUUGGAUUUACUUUGGUUACAGUUUAGGAUUUUCAAUUUAUUUGGGAGCUUUGUAGGGGGUUAAAUGUAUAGCAAUAACUUGUAGCUUUGCCGCAAUUGUAAGUUAAAAUUUGGAGUGCUGAGAAUGCGAAUCCCAAACAAACUGGAAUCUCGCAUCAGAAAGCAUGUUUUAAUUGUUAAUUACAUAGUUAAGUCGAGUACUUUCUUUUGCUAUACAUUUGAAUCUUCAAGCAAGUGUCACUCUUUCAAAUGUGAUGUUUGAGAUCCAGUAAUUCUUUUAUAAUGUAAGUAAGAUUUCAACGCUUAUUUUCCUGGUAUUGCAGCUUGCCAUUUUUUUCUUUUAACCAAGUCCUUGGGCACGUGGAAAAAACCGAAAAUUCUGACGGUUUUGAGCUGCAGCCUUAUUUACAACCAGGCGCAAUACAAGUGCGAGGCAUUCUCUCACCACUUCAACUUUAUUCAAAAUUGCAGAAAAGUUUUAAGGCGUUGGUACAUAUUAGGCACUUACCAAGCACCCAAACGAAUGAAAAAAUUCAAAUUGUAAUAUUGUAAAAUAUUUCAAAAAUUUAGAUGGAAUAAGGAAUAAUAUCAUAUUAUAUACUAAAUGUUCUUUUAUUAGCACAAUGUUAAUAACGGGCUGAACUACUGCUAGCGCCGUUAGCAGACGAGACACACCACGGCAAAGGAUAGCAAGUUGCCAGACCUAUCUGUAUGACCGUGCACCUAACACUAUCAGUUCAGUUUUCCUUCCACUAGGUGUUUGCUAUUAGUUUUUAAACUAACACACUCCAGUAGUGCUCGCGGUUUUUCUUGGUUGCAUAGACAGUGUAUUUGUUUCUCACGUCGAAGCUCACCGACAGUGUUGAAAUAAAAUAUUGGGUUGGUGGUAUUUUUCUGGUUGCGGUACACAUGCAUUGAAAUAUGAAUCACAAACAUCAUACUAAAAACACACUUUUGAUAUUCCUACAGUCAUAAAGUUGUUUUUUGUAUCAACAAAUACAUAAAUAUAUUUUUUUAUUCAAGCAUUAUGUAUUUUCAAAACUGGUGAGGCAAUGUCUAUUGAUUUGUGUUGUAACCAAAUUCUGUAGUAAAAACAACAUUCCAUCAAUUCGUAUAGAAGUAUCUUUUUUAUUUGUACGUGGCUAAUUUUGGCUGUAGAAUCUCUCAUUUUCGAAAUGAGAACUGGGUUUCAGUACGAAGUUAUAAACAUGAUAUACUAGCAAAGGAUUUACAAAAUAAAUAUGUUCAACUGUUGUAACAAUUAUGUAUGUAGAAUUAUUUGAGAUUUUUAUGUAUCUGAUUUAAUCGAAUUUUGAAGAGAAUUGUGAAGAUAUUUUUGUUAAAUAAAGAAAACUGUUUGAAUCUGUCUAUAAAUUUUAUUAGUAGCUUAUGUUAAAAUGUUAUAAUUACAAUUAAAAUACUUGAUUUUAUUAAAACAUAUAUGAGUAAACGUU